CGCUUCCGGGUCGCUGCUGGGGUCGGGCCGGUGCCGGCCUCGGCCCCGCGCAAGAUGGCGGACCUGGAGGCUGUGCUGGCCGAUGUGAGCUACCUGAUGGCCAUGGAGAAGAGCCGGGCCGCGCCCGCCGCCCGCGCCAGCAAACGGAUCCUGCUGCCAGAGCCCAGCAUCCGCAGCGUCAUGCAGAAGUAUCUGGAGGACCGGGGCGAGGUGACGUUCGACAAGAUCUUUGCGCAGAAGAUCGGGUACCUGCUGUUCCGGGACUUCGCCCUCAACCAGGCUGAGGAGGCCAAGCCCCUGAUGGAGUUCUACGAAGAGAUCAAAAAAUAUGAGAAGCUGGACUCGGAGGAGGAGCGAGCCACUCGGAGCCACUACAUCUUUGACCAUUACAUCAUGAAGGAGCUGCUGGCCUGCUCCCACCCGUUCUCCAAGAGUGCCACAGAGCAUGUGCAGAGCCGCCUGAGCAAGAGGCAGGUGCCCCCAGACCUCUUCCAGCCCUACAUCGAGGAGAUCUGCCAGAACCUGCGUGGGAGCAUCUUCCAGAAAUUCAUCGAGAGUGACAAGUUCACACGGUUCUGCCAGUGGAAGAACGUGGAGCUGAACAUCCAUCUCACCAUGAACGACUUCAGUGUGCAUCGCAUCAUCGGCCGCGGUGGCUUUGGGGAGGUCUACGGCUGCCGGAAAGCGGACACAGGCAAAAUGUAUGCCAUGAAGUGCUUGGACAAGAAGCGCAUCAAGAUGAAGCAGGGUGAGACGCUGGCCCUCAACGAGCGCAUCAUGUUGUCCCUUGUCAGCACUGGGGAUUGCCCAUUCAUCGUGUGCAUGUCGUAUGCUUUCCACACACCUGACAAGCUCAGCUUCAUCCUUGACCUAAUGAAUGGGGGGGACCUGCACUAUCACCUGUCCCAGCAUGGCGUCUUCUCGGAAGCAGAGAUGCGCUUCUACGCAUCAGAGAUCAUCCUGGGCCUGGAGCACAUGCACAGUCGUUUUGUGGUGUACCGUGACCUUAAGCCAGCAAACAUCCUCCUGGAUGAAUUUGGACACGUCCGUAUCUCAGACCUGGGCCUGGCCUGUGACUUCUCCAAGAAGAAACCCCACGCCAGUGUGGGCACCCACGGCUACAUGGCCCCAGAGGUGCUGCAGAAGGGGGUGGCGUACGACAGCAGCGCCGACUGGUUUUCACUGGGCUGCAUGCUCUUCAAGCUGCUCCGCGGGCACAGCCCUUUCCGGCAGCACAAGACAAAGGACAAGCAUGAGAUCGAUCGCAUGACCCUCACCAUGGCUGUCGAGCUGCCCGACUCCUUCUCCCCUGAGUUGCGCUCGUUGCUUGAGGGGCUGCUUCAGCGUGACGUCAACCAGCGGCUGGGCUGCAUGGGGCGUGGCGCUCAGGAGGUGAAGGAGGAGCCCUUCUUCAAAGGCCUGGACUGGCAGAUGGUGUUCCUGCAGAAGUACUCCCCGCCUCUCAUCCCGCCCCGAGGUGAGGUGAAUGCAGCUGAUGCCUUUGACAUCGGCUCCUUUGAUGAGGAGGACACAAAGGGCAUCAAGCUGCUGGAGAGCGAUCAGGAGCUGUACCGCAACUUCCCGCUCACCAUCUCGGAGCGCUGGCAGCAGGAGGUGACCGAGACCGUCUUCGACACCGUCAACGCGGACACGGACAAGCAGGAGGCACGCAAGAAAGCCAAAAACAAGCAGCUGGGCCACGAGGAGGACUACGCCAUGGGCAAGGACUGCAUCGUACACGGGUACAUGUCCAAGCUGGGCAACCCCUUUCUGACACAGUGGCAGCGCCGCUACUUCUACCUCUUCCCCAACCGGCUGGAGUGGCGUGGGGAGGGCGAGUCGCCGCAGUCCCUGCUCACCAUGGAGGAGAUUGACUCGGUGGAGGAGACUCAAGUGAAGGAGCGCAAGUGCAUCCUGCUCCGCAUCCGUGGCGGCAAGCAGUUCGUGCUGCAGUGCGAUAGCGAUCCCGAGCUGGUGCAGUGGCAGAAGGAAUUGCGGGAUGCCCAGCGCCAGGCCCAGCAGCUGCUGCAGCGGGUGCCACGCAUGCAGAAUAAGCCACGCUCACCUGUGGUGGAGCUCAGCAAAGUGCCCUUCCUGCAGCGCUCUGCCAAUGGGCUCUGACCCUGCGCCCUGCCCCCCCUUCCCACCCUAC